CCUGUUUGUUAUACCCGUCCUCCCCAUCGAUCGCUCCUUCCGCCCUCUCAACUCCUCCACACCCACCAUCCUGUCUUUCCUCCUCGCCAACCCAGCAUCAAAAACUCACGCUUCCACCCUCUGGUCGACUUGCUUCUCCCCUGGCCUCUCAAACUGUCCUCGUCGGUACACUGUUAGUAUGUGAAUGUCUCUCUACAACAGAUUUCACAGGUCGCUGCAACUCCUCGAUCGGACCGAGGCCAUAGAUUGCGUCACAGCCGAUCAUCUGCCGACUUGAUCGAUCGCAUUCACUGGCCGCCAACAACGACACAGAGUCUCGUCCUCAGCACGUUCCGAGUGUAAACUCGACCACCAUCACCUCCCUCCUCUCCUCUCCUCUCCUCUCCUUUCUCUCCCCGCUGAGAAAACCAGCAGCCAUGCCCUCGCGCUUAGUUCCUCCCGUCCUGUCCUUGGACGCUGGCAAGAUGCACCACAUCGACCCAUCCAAUGCCUGUAGCUUGAUGGCAAUGUGGUCCAUGUUUUCAAAAUGUUCAGAAACCCUCAAAGACGGUCACCGACUGGAAAACAUGAGUUGGCGAGUGUGGUCUCGGGAGUCACUUUGUGUCACCCCCGUCGACUCGCUCCCACCCCGAUCCAGUGGCGUGCCCUCUCUUUCCAACUCAUACUCUUCCGAGGAAAGCGACCGCCUGAGCGACAAAGGCUCAUGUACCAUUAAUUCGAGGUCGCGAUCCUUUGGCCAGGAUGACUGCGCCAGUUCACUCUCGAGAUCUCGACACCUGACAUCUCACACUCUGGAAAAGAUUGUCGUCACCAUACAAGAGAAGGCCGACCUUUGCCCUUUAUCGCCUUCAAUAGGUGCAAGUCUUCCUGCACCAUCGCUAUUAUGCUCGAAACAACCCAUGCUUGACGAGAGCUCUUACCCCCCACCCUCGGAACACUUGCAAGACUCGAUGGAAUCGUGUAUUUCGGAAACCACCGCCGCCACCAACACGACCACACGUCAGAGCGAACACAGAGACUCUGAUACAUCGGUGUCGUCCGAUGGGUUGAUCAGAAGUGGAUCCGUUGUCCAUGGUUUCUCUCCUGUCACGUCCUCCUUCCGGUCUCGAACAACUAGUAGCGGUCUACAACCUGACAACCCCACCAAAUUGAUUCCUAAGAAGAAGAGCCUCAAGACAGCCAUGUUUACCCUCGGAGGCUCAUCCGAAGACGACGACUCGUCGUUCGAACAACGACUACUAACUCUCAGGCCCGUACCCCAAAAGAGCUCUCUCUCCCAAAGUUUAAGCAAGGGAAAUCUGGCCAGCCAGGCGAGCACUACCAUUGCACCCAAGCGAACAUCGUUCCGGGACGUUGUCGCUGAAAGGCGGAUUCAAGAAGACGCGGAGAAUGAUGAAGGGGCGAUUGAGAGUAGCGACGAGGAGGAUGACACGGAUGAUAUCAUCGAGUCUGCUAUUGAAGAGGAUGAUGAGGAUGAAGGGGACUGGGAAGAUUCCAACUCGGAUGACGGCAAGGCGGGCGUUGGCGAGCCCAUUUUCCGACGUGUCGAAAGUCGGCCUGACCUCGUUUCUCGACGAUCAAUGCUGACUCUGGCGCUCAACAACGGACCCAGCAACCUCGGACACGCCUACUCCCAGCCUGCACUCCAUCGACCACGGGCGUUGUCUCCUACACAAAACAGAGAUCUGGCCGAGUCGCCAGAGGACGAGGAUGCGAUGAUGAUGCCCGCUUCCAGGCGGCCACCCAUAGCCAUUCCCCCUCCCAAGAUUAAUGGAAAAUCAUUGGCACAUUCGCCGAGAACGACUCGACGAAACAUGUUGUCGACGGAGCUAACAGAGUCGUUACGCAAAAACCUGCUUUGGGAGCGACAACAAAAAUCACAAGCUGCCAACGCCUUCCUCAAGAGAAGUCGCAAUGCCCAAAGCAUGGCGAACCUCCAAGCACACACGGCCCCAGCUGUAGGCCCAUAUCAGCCGCCGCCAGCCGCGACGGCCGACACUUCCAAGAACAACUCGUGGAAUCAUUACUUUGACAAUCCUUGGGAAUACAACGCCAAAGGAUGGUAGAGAGACGUGGUUUUUACCACCGACGUCAAGUGUGCAUCACAGGAUGACUGGAUUUGAAUUAUUGUUAUUGUCUGCGUUCGGAGCGGGAAACUAUCAUCUUGCAUGCAUUGUAUGAAUUUUGACUCAUCUAUGGUACCUAUACAGGUCGGAGGACUUUGGGGGUGAGAUGGUGAGGCCCUGACCCCAUCUUGACCAAGGAGAACGGGGCGUAUCUUUCGGAAUAAUUGCAUCACGGCCCAGAUCAGAGUUUUGGAGAGGAAAAGUGACACGUUUGAUCAUUUGGAUAGGGCGCAAUGGACGCCCAUGUCUCAAUCUUGUUCCAUGCUCUCAAGAACAGGACGUGACUUGAGUUGAUGGAACUUGAGUGUGAGGAUGAUGAAGCGAUUCAACGAUAUGUACUAUAGUGCGGCAAAGCUCCAGCUGUCUAGUUAGUCCAGACCUCGUCUGCCGAAUUUACAUGGCUGUAAACUA